AUGGCGUCUAUAGCUGAGCAAGCGAUCAUCGUUUCCAGGUUUCAGGAAUACCUUAGGAUUAACACCGUACAGCCAAAUCCUAAUUACAUGGAAGCCGUACAAUUCAUUUUCCGCGAGGCUCACUUAAUUGGUCUCCAAGCUGAAUCCAUCGAAUUCGUUGCGGCUAAACCGAUCGUUCUCCUGAAAUGGACUGGAUCAGAUGAAUCGUUACCUGCGAUUCUCUUGAAUUCGCACAUCGAUGUCGUUUCCUUUGAAGAAGACAAUUGGGAUCGUCCUCCGCUCGGAGCAGAGAUAGACGGAGAAGGCAAAAUCUACGCAAAGGGAACUCAGGAUAUGAAGAGCGUUGGGAUGCAGUACUUAGAAGCCAUUCGCAUGCUUAAAGCCUCUGGAUUUAACCCACUUCGAUCCGUCUAUGUCUUGUUUGUUCCCGAUCAUGAGCAUGGUGGCACUGAUGGCGUUCGCAUGUUCGUCCAAUCGGAAAAGUUCAUGAGCUUGAACAUCGCCGUCGUGCUCGACAAAGGCUUACCAUCUCCAACCGAGAGCUACAGGGUGUUCAAUGGAGAGAGGGUGCCGUGGUUUCUCGAGAUACAAGCUGUUGGACAAGCUGGCCAUGACGCAAAGCUCUAUGAUAACUCAGCCAUGGAGAAUCUCACUAAAAGCAUUGAGUGUAUAAUGAGAUACAGAGCUUCUCUGGUUGAUGAGCUUAAAGCUGGCUUCAUGAAAGAAGGCCAUGUCGUCUCUGUCAACAUGGUUUACCUCAACGCUGGCACUCUUCAACCAACGGGCUUUGUAAUGAAUCAGCAACCAACUCAGGCGGUAGCUGGUUUCGCCAUUCGUCUCCCACCCUUUGCUGAUUCUGACGAACUAAGGAGACGUAUUCUGAAGGAAUGGGCACCUGCUACCAGGAACAUGUCCUUUCAGCUAUCGCGGGCCGACGAGGGGAUUGCAAGGGAGAAGUUAGUUACAGCAACAGAUGAUUCAAAUCCAUGGUGGGGACUCUUACAAAAUGCUGUGAAACAAGCUGGAGGGGUGACUAGUGGGCCUGAGAUCUUUCCUGCAUCAACAAAUUCUUGGUUUUUCCGGAAAGCAGGCUUACCUGCAAUUGGAUUCUCUCCUAUAUCAAACACCCCAAGUUUGCGUCAUGAUAAUAAUGAGUAUCUGAGUCGAUCUGAGUACUUGAAGGGCAUUGAUAUGUAUGUCUCAAUCCUCAUGGCUUACACAUUACAUGCCUAACCUGAAAUAGAGUGUUUCAAGAGACGAGUUAUAAGGGUCUGUGUCCCACACAGUUCUCUCUCUUCCUCAGCCACACUUAAUUGCUAUAUCAUCAAUAAGAAUAAAACUCAUCAUGCUACCACAUGAAUUUUGUGGUAAUCGAACUUGCAUCUGUAUGUUGUCUGACAAAAGGGUUUCCCAGAAACAGCUUUGUUGCAAAUUGCUUGUUCUUGUUUCUCUUAGUUUUUUCAAGCAUUCAUCUUGUUUCUCUU